AUGAAAAAUCAAUCCACAAAUCUAUUCCCCAUACCAAGAAUCAUGAUUACUGGUUCAGAUCAAAAACUUAUCGAUGUAUUUGUGAAUGAAUGCGCAAAACACUUUAAAGGAAAGAUGGACUCGACAUUUAACAGAAUUUAUAAAAUCAUUAUUGGAAAUAGAAUUACAUACAUUCAAAACAAUUGGUGUGAUCUUCAACAUGAUCCAUCUUUAAAGAUUAUUUUAACAGAAAAUGGUGCAUUUGAACCUCCAAAAACAAAACACCCACAUUUAGUCAUCCAAAUUAACGAAAAACUACUACCAGAACGAGUUGCUGGCGAUAUUCAUAUUCUUUCUUAUAAAAUCAUAUCACAAGAAAUGCUACAUUCAUGUUUAUCAUAUUCAAUAGCUUACCACGAUUGUUUCCUGUUUGGAUUACAUUCACGAGGUGAAGUAAAACCGAUUGUUAAGUUACUUUUGCGAAGAGUAUUUAGAACUCUCGAUACAAAUUUCGAUGGAAAAAUACAAAUGAGUGAUUUAUCAGAUUUUCAUCGCAAAUUCUUUGGUGUUCCUCUUGACAACCAAGACAUGCUUACAUUUUUCAAGGCAUUACACGAUGGAUCAGAACCAGCAAAUGUUUAUCAAUUUAUACGUUCCUCGAUAACAUUCGAUUUAUUUUUACAACUCAUGCAAUAUCUUGUCUCGAAAGGCUAUGGAUCCAGUGUAUUACAAAUCAUUCGCUGCCCAGAUUACUAUUAUUAUUUUGAUCCUUCUGUAAAUUGCCAAGAAUUAUUCUUUGGAGGUCAUGAACCUCAAAAGCUAAAGAAUGCAUCCAUAGCUGUUGAAUUUUUGCAUCAAGUCUAUCAAGAUUUCAACGGAGAAAGAAUUAUGCAGCAAGUGAAUGACGAAUUCUCUCUUUGCGGUGGAACUCCAGAGAGAUUUGCUAAUGUCAGAGAGAUGGGCGAAGAAACUUGGAUUUCAAGAUGGAUUGAUUGGAGCGCAGUGAAUCCAUCUGAUGCUUGCAGACAUAUACUAUCAUUUGGAUUCCCUCCAGAGAUGAUUUAUGAAGCAUUUGAUGUUCCAAAACCAGAUAAUUCUACAUCUGUUACAUUAAUCGCUGGAAUUUCAUCAGGAUUACUUGCUUGCUCAGCAUUAUGGUAUUACUUCUAUAAGCAUUAA